UGCAUGAUCAUAAUUUUAGCUAGCGUUGUAGCCACCUGUCAAUUUUGCAACGGUCUUUGAUUUCACGUUAUGGCGGUGUUGUUGAAAUAAUGAAAUACAUACAAUAACCACGUGUAAGAUGCUUCUUGAAGAUAUAUAAAAUUUCCCGCCAUAUAUUGUUUUCAUCCAAAUGGAUUCAAAUUUGGAAGACACCAAGAGUGGUACAAAAAAGAGGGAUAUUUCUGAAGAAGACAACGAGAUUGCAACAAAAAAUGAAGGUGAAGAAUUAAACAGACAAGAAAAUAUCGAAAAACAAGUUGGUGAAGGAAGCUCUGAAUUGCUCGCGAAACAGGAUGAGGAAGCGAGGAAGGACUCGAGAAUAGCAGAAUCUUCAAAAUUUUCUCUUUCCUACGGAAUUCCAAAACGUUACGUGCUGUUGCUCUUAGUGUUUCUCGGUUUUGUGAACAUUUACGGUUUGAGGAUCAAUCUGAAUGUUGCACUUGUUGCCAUGGUGAAUAAUCGCACGUAUACACGUGGUGGAGUGACUGUCAGCGAACCAGCCGAAUUCCACUGGAACUCGAAAACACAAGGUAUUGUAUUAGGUUCAUUUUUCUAUGGUUACUGGGCUUUGCAAGUUCCAGGCGCGUGGAUCGCGAUGAAAUUAGGAGGAACACGAGUGUUUGGAUACGGCGUUCUGCUCUCUGCUCUGCUCACUCUAUUGACGCCAGUGGCAGCGAGAUAUAGUGUCGGAGCUUUGAUAGGACUUCGAGUAUUUGAAGGUCUAUUUUUGGGAGUUAGUUAUCCUUGCAAUCACGCGAUAUGGAGCAAGUGGGCUCCUGUUUCUGAACGUAGUACCCUCGUUACGGCUGCUAUUGCUGGUGCAGCAGUUGGAAACAUUGUUGCUCUUCCACUGACUGGGUUAUUGUGUAAAUACGGAUUUGAUGGUGGCUGGCCCACUGUCUUCUAUUUUUUUGGCUCAAUGAGCAUUCUGUGGUAUCUUAUUUGGGAAUUUUUUGCCUACGAAUCACCCGCCGUGCAUCCGACGAUAUCAGAAAGUGAAAAAGAUUAUAUCGAAGGGAGUAUAGCGGAUGAAAAGAUCGAAAGCGACUGUCCGCCGUGGGGAAAGAUUUUGACAUCGCCACCGGUUUGGGGAAUAAACAUUGGACACUUCGGAGCGUGCUGGGGAUAUUAUACACUCUUCACAGAAAUGCCAACUUUCCUGAAGGAUAUUCUCCAUUUUGACAUCAAACACAUGGGAUUUCUGGCAGCUUGUCCAUAUAUGCUCAAGUCAGUACUAGGACCUUUAGGAGGACUUUCAGCAGACUUUCUUAUCAAGUACAAAAUCAUGUCAAUACGAAAUGUUCGUGCUUUGUGUUACGCUAUAGGUUGCAUAUUUGCUGGUAUUUUUAUUGUCGCCACAAGCUACGCGACGCAGCGAUAUUUGUGUGUUAUAUUUCUUGUUCUUGGCGUCGGUUUUUCUGGCAUAAAUGCGGCUGGUUAUGCCGUCAAUCACUUGGACAUAGCUCCACGCUAUGCUGGGUUGUUGAUGGGUCUGUCGAAUACGUUUGGUUCCAUGCCUGGAUUUCUCAGUCCUAUGCUAACUGGAUACAUCGCACAUUCUAAGGAUCCUGAAGAAUGGAAAAUUGUUUUUUGGAUAACACUUAUAAUUUAUGUGGUAACUUCAAUUAUUUACGCCAUACUUGUAUCGGGGACGAAACAGCCCUGGGCAGACAAAAAAUCCUAACUUUGUAUAACCCGAGAAUUUUAUGGUAUGGCCCAAGUGUUGUGUUAUAGAAAUGAAAUACCCUAAAGAACAACAUGUUGUAAACCAACGAUUUUAUCUUUAAAACAAGUUAAACAAAGAAAACAAUUUAAAAUCA